AUGAGCGCUGUUCCGCUGAAAGAACCGUGCUACACGUGCCGCCGGCGGCGUAUCCAAUGCGACCGCACCCAAUCCCCCUGUCUGAAAUGCCAGAAGGCGGGCCUGCAAUGUCUCGACAAGAGGCCCGUUCGAUGGGUGCAGGGCGUUGCCAUACGUGGAACCAUGAGAGGCCGAUCAUAUCAGAACUCAUCUGUUUCAUCGUCCCCUGUGGGUGAUAUUGAGACGCGUCUUUCGUCCACUGGCCUGUCACAACAUCCAAAUGAGCAGACGAGCUUGGUUCCAACCGGAUCAUCGCUACCGCUCCCCAUAAGCGACGCGACACUUUCUGGAGUGGAUGUUACAUCUCGAUACUAUCUGGAUUACUAUAAUGACCGCAUAUGCCGGCUCUUCAUCGUCUACGACAGCGGCAAUAAUCCAUUCCGCAGUCUGAUACCUCUCGCCUUGAAUGACUCGGUCCUUCUUGAUGCCGUUCUGGCGCUGGCCGCUCGCCACCGGGCGAACUUUGAGCAGCCCUUUUCCACCGAUGGCUCAGGUGCUCCGUCGGUCUCGAUGGAUGUGGAUCGGGAGGCCCUUCGUUUCAAAUUUCGUGCCAUUCAAGGGCUGGCACGGUCCGUGAAUGCUGGGUCUCCCAAUCGGGAUUCUACAGUCGCUAGUGUUUUCCUAUUAGUGUUCCUUGACCUGCUUGAGUCUGGCUGUGAUCGGUGGAAUUACCACCUUGAAGGUGCAAAGACCUUGAUGGCGCUGACACCAGCUCAUGAUCCGGGCCGGACUGUUGAGAGAGUGCGGAAAUUCAUAAUUAAGCAAACCCACCUAAUCGAAGCACUUGGGGCAACCUUUGUGCGCCCAGCUCUUCUCUCCGGGUCUACUUCAAUCGAUGAGUCCGCCAGCCUGCUGGAGGAUUCCGUCGAAGAGUCAUUUCUCGGAUGCCCGGAAUACAUCCUGACCGCUGUCCAAUUCUUCUCCCUACAGCGAGAUAUUUUCUCCAGCGAGAAUAACACGGAGCAGGCUGGACUGGACGAGAUCACCUCGGUCCUUGAUGCGGUCAUGGGGUUCGAUUGCUACCUGUGGGCCUCGGCGUUGCCACUGCCUGUGGAAUCUGCAGCGCGGGACAUGGAUGAUCUAUGCAAGCUCGCGCAGGCAUACAAACUCGGCGCCAUGGUGUACGGACGACGUGUUCUCGACGCACUGCAGGCGGUGCAGACAAACCAAGAGGCCAUCGUGUCGGAGCUGGUCAAGGUCAUCAACUCGCUGCAGAACGGAUCCAGUCUGCUCAAGUGCGCACUGUGGCCGAUUAUCGUAGCGGGGCUGGAGUGCCGAGCGCCAGCACAGCGAAACGUCCUGACGCAGGCGCUGGAGAAGUUCUGGCAGGACACCAAGUGCUUGAAUGUCACCAACGCCGCCAAGAUACUGCAAGACUAUUGGCGGAGCACGGACCAGAAUCUUGGAACCGCAACCAAUCACUGGAUCUUCGACAUGGGGCGUCUCAGCCACGAUUGGCUGCUUAUAUAG